CCAAUUAAAAAAGAGUCUGAGACUACGGGUCAAACAUAUACCGUACUCUCUCUCUCUCUCUCUCUCUCUCAGCCAAAAGAUUUUCACGCUCUCUCUAUGUCUCUCUCUCCUCUCAGUCUCUAUGUUGAUCAGAUUUCAAGCCACAAAGCAAAACCUUUGAAAAGUAUUGAUGGAAAAUCAACCAAGUACCUGGAGGUAUUUUCGAAUUGAUGGAGAGCCACUCACCUACAAAGGCGAUGCAAAUGAAAAAGGUUCUCAAAAUGUUCAGCAAGAUGGCAAUGCAAAUGAUGAACAUAGAAUGCAGAAUGCUCAACAAUGUGGCAAUUCUAAUGGACAUAGUUCUCAAAAUGUUCAUGAUGAGGAGCAUCAUGAGAUUCCAUCUCAACAAUCACUUGCGAAAGCACCUUUUAUUUCAUCGCAACCACUUCCAUCACCUCUAAAUUUCUCACAAGAAAUUCCUCCAGUUCAAAGAAGUUCUCAACCUAUUGGAUCAUUCUUAGCUUCCUUCUCUAUGACGUACACUGAUCCUGUAACAAGGAGGCCAAAGAAGCAAGUUGCAUUCAGAAAUCCUAAGAAUUCUAUGUCAACUGAGAAUGCAAGCAAGCCUAUUUGGAGACCUUAAAAGUGUUGUUUUUUUUUUUUUCUUCCAUAAACUGUGUCUUCAGGUUCUUUGAUCAAAAUAGGGCAUUUUGUGAUAACUCUUUGAACAAUUAGGAUUGAAUAUUUUCUGAAAAUUUGACGGGUCAUUUUGGUAUAGUAGUGUUUUAUGUUAGUAUGGUAUGGAAUGCUUAUGUAAUUUGUAGUUGGGAUACAUAGUUUUGAACUA